UCACGGCGGUGGGGCUUUUGUGAUAGUAGACACUUGUAUUUGUUAAGGCACCUACCGCCUGUGAACGGUACAAGAUGUCGACCAAAAUUAUUAGACAAACGCGGGACCCGUUCGAAUCACUCGAACGGAUGCUAAACCGUACAACUUUAAACACUCAACGAGUUGCACAUGGACAAAUUAUAGAGCUUGGCGGGCGCAUGCUCACAGUUCAGACAGACGACUCAAAGGAAGAGCGGGAAAAGGCCAUCCAGGACGCUGUCGAUGCAGCAGAAGCACGUGCAACACGAGAACUGCGUGCCGCGCUCAAGCGUAUGAAGGACCAGAAGGAUGCAGAGCGGAGGCGGGCUUUACAAACCCAGAAAGAGUAUUUCGAGCGUUUGGCACAGAGAGUAUCGGAACAGAGGGACAGAGCAGAGGAGGAACGAAUAAAGGAACUUACGAAGAAAUUACAGAAAGAGAAAGAGGAAGCACUGAAACAGCAGUGGGAGGACUGUGAAAGGCUGAAGGAAAUAGCCAUUGUUGACGCAUGCGCAGCACUCAGGAAAACCAUGAGAAAUGAGUUUGCUUUGGAAAAAGAGCGGGCUGUAGCACUGGCUCUGAAGGCAGCAAGGGAAAAGUUUAAAAAACGAGAAGAGGAAGUUAUUGCUCUUACUACCAGGCAAUGUGAGGAGCGCGCAAGACAGGAAGCAGAGAGAGUUGCGCGGCUCCACCAACAGGAAGUGAACAGACUUAAUCAAAAGUACGACAUCCUAGAGACGACAUACCAGAGAGAACUAGCACACAGGCAGCGGGUAGAGACUGACUUCCGGGCGUUGCAGGACGACUACAAACGGUUCAUGGACUACACCGACGGCAGAUUUCACUCCGACUACCUCAUGAGCCUGAGAUACCAGGGAAUGUUGAAGGCCAAGAAGAGAAUCAGCGAGGUCACAUACGAAGAUCUAAGUCCGAGACCUGAAACUAGGAAUUCUUUUGUUUUCCCUUGAGCAACGAGGCAAGAAAUCGCCAUCGUAUUACAAUCGAAUUAAGGGUCCAGUGUCACAGUCACCUAUGUUGAUAUUACAGGUCAUGGUGUAUCUA